UACUAUUCUCAUUUUGCGCUUAGGGACCCGGAGGGCCAAGGUGAAAGCCAGGCCUGUAUUAGAUAUAAGGGUAUUCCUGUAAUAGAGGAAGUAGUGGUUUGAUGUUUAUCAAACUUUGUUGUUGUCGUUAGGUGCCGUCGCUAAGGAUGUAUUUACCAUGACUUCAUUGCGUUAGUAAAAAAACUCCCAUUCUCUCUUUUUUCCUUUGCUUCCUUCUUAUCAUCCAGGGCUCACGGAAGAUUUAGUGAGUGUGGACAGGUAAUUAAGAGAAUUUAAAAAAGUAACUGGGUCUCUGUAUAUUCUCGAUCCUUGAAAUGGUCCAGGAGAUUGUAUUUUUAUAAUAACGAUAAUAAUACAAUCUACUAUUUAUUAAGCAUCAAGCAUCUUCUACUUCAUAUAUUUUAUGCCAUUUGAAGCUCACAACCAUCCACCAAGGUACAUCUUUUCCCCAUAGAGCCUAACUCCCAAGUUAAAUAGAGAUCAUACCUCAUAUCAUGUGGCUACUAUGUGAAAUUCGAAUCCAGAUUUGAUUUCAACAAUUGGCUCCAUACAAAACACGUUGCCUAGCAACAAAUCGAUCCUAGUGACUUCCCCACCCGAAGUAGAGAAAAACCACCAAUUCUUUCCUAGAAGUCAAGCUUGAGGGACAAUUAGAAUUUUCUUAUAGAAGAGCUCUCCCCCUCGCUGCCCUUCUGUGACCAAAGCAAUUUAUUUAAGCAGCACUAGCGGCCCCUGGCUGACGUCAAUUUUACUUCCUCAACCAGCGGAUCAGCAGUCCCUGCGCCAAAGGGAGCCUGGACCUGUCCCGGGCUGGUGGGAAAGGCGGUUCUCUGGUUCUAAUCACUCGAAUCUGAUUUCUGGGAAAACUGGUGUCCAGCGACUCCCCCUCUCCCCCAGGAAACCCACGAUCCUCUUGGGACUACCUCAGACUGGGGAGCCAAGGCCUGUACGGGACAUUUGUUCGUCUAUAUCCAAGGACACCUUAUCCAACUCGGGCUUUUCUUUUUAUUCUUAAGUUUAAAACACUAACGAGGUGACCUCGCCCCUGUCCCUCUCUUCGCUAGUGGGAGCAGGUAUGGACACGGACAUUCCUCUCUCUUUCCCUGUGAUCGUUCUCGAAGUAAUCGGUGCGCCUGCAGACGUGCGCCCGAGGGCGUAUGUCCCUAAGUCUUGGACCGGCAGGACCCCCAGGGCCCCGGGACUGUCCCCGCUCGGAACGUCUCGCCCGGCCCCGACGCGGCUACCCGUGCUGGCCCCGCCCCCGCCCCGCCCCGCUCGCCGAGCCCCGGCCCGCCCCGCCCCUCCGCCGCUUCCGGGGCUCGCCCCGCCCCUCCUAGGCCCCGCCCCCUCGGCUGCUCUCCGUGAUCCGCCGAUCUCCGCCCCGCCUCUCCGCUGCUGCCCGGGCUUAGCACGCGCGCGGACUCCGCGCGAGCAGCGAGCUGGGCUCGCUUUCGAUGCCUGCCCUUCGGGUGGUCGGCUUGAGAGAGGCACAAGCCGGUAAGAGGCGCCGCGU